UAAUGUUUGUUUCAUCGACCCCAAACGCGUUAAAUUACCGAGCUCCCACUUCUACCCGGGAAUCCCGGGGCCUGCGGGGACCUGGUCAGUGCCGGGGCUGGUCCCCGCUCCCGGCCGCAACCCAGGGGCAGGUUUCCCGUCACCAGGACCCUGUAUAUUUUGCAGCGCCUUUAACCCACACUUCUCGCAGACAAUGCUACUUGUGUGUUUGCUUGUUUGAAAGCUUUACAAACAGCGGUGGGGAAUAACCCAACCAGCAUUCCCCCCCUUCCAAAGCCAGGCAGGGCUGUUUAGGCUCUCUCUUCUAUCAGCUGGAUUUUGCGGGCGUUAUGCUACUUCAGAAUAUCUGUAUAAACCUUAAACGCGGAUUUCCCCUGGAAUGCGCUUCACACAACAGCGAACUCACGUUUUCUAGUUCCUGCGAUCGAAUAUUGCAGAAUUGUAAAAACGAAAGCUCCUUUCCCUCGUUAAAAAAAAAAAAAAAUAAAGAAAAAAAAUAAAAUCAGCACAUAUUUGGUUGACGGUUUCCUCCCGGCCUGUUUGUUUAAUCUGACUGUAUGAUAGAUGGCAUCAGAUAGUGGCUUUGUACACAUUAGGCCAUUCUGGAUCUUUUUUUUUAAUGGAUCAACAAACUCAGCGGGGAAAAGCUGGAUAAAUGCAGUGCCGCCCCUUUAAAUGAGUGGGGAUGUUUUUGAGAUGUAUUACUAUAUUAGGUGACAUGGAACUUUGCAUCUCUCAUACCAUCACUGCAAUGUUGGCCAAUAGAAAGCUAAAGUUACCCAAAAACUGCCUAGUCCCUCCUUCCCUUCCCUUAUGGUCUGGUCCUACCUGCCUCCAGUGCACAAGUCAAGGCUACUCGCGGGAAUGCUAUGUGCCCCCUCCGUGAGCCCACGCUCCAGCACUGCGACAGCUUGGCUGCUCCUCACCUCCUUUUCCAUGACCCUGGGCUCCGGCCGCUGCCCUGCUCCCCUCUGCAAUGUUUCCUAGUCCUGUGACAACGACACCCUUCUCGGUCAAGGAUAUUUUGAACCUGGAACAGCAUCAGGGCGGCCUGGCCUCCAUGGAGCUCUCCUCCCUGGCCUCCCCCUCCUGCAUGCUGGCCACCUUCAAGCAGGAGACGUUCAACGCCGACCCCCCGGCCCUGCCCGACCUGCGGGAGGAGCUGCCCGAGCCGCACUCGGCCAAACCCGCCGCCUUCCCCGGCUCCUACUACGUUAAAAGCUACGUGGAAAUGGACUCGGCCAAGGACACCAAGGCGGACAAGAAAGAACUGUGUUCCCUGCACAAGAGCCUGGAACAGGAGAAAAGAGAUCUGGAAGAUCCCGAGCGCCCCAGACAGAGGAAGAGAAGAAAACCUCGCGUCCUCUUUUCUCAAGCCCAAGUCUACGAACUUGAGAGAAGGUUCAAGCAGCAGAAAUAUCUCUCGGCUCCUGAGAGAGACCAUCUAGCGAACGUCCUAAAGCUCACCUCCACCCAGGUGAAAAUUUGGUUCCAGAAUCGAAGGUAUAAAUGCAAAAGGCAGAGACAGGAUCAGACCCUCGAAAUGGUGGGCAUCCCUCCCCCCCGGCGGAUAGCGGUGCCGGUGCUGGUUCGCGAUGGAAAGCCCUGCCUGGGGGAGUCUUCUCCAUACAGUUCGCCGUACAAUGUCAGCAUUAACCCCUAUAGCUACAACGCCUACCCCGCGUAUACUAACUACAACAGCCCCGCCUGCAACGCCAACUACAACUGCAACUACCCGUCCAUGCAGACCAUGCAGCCUUCGGCGGCCGGCAACAACUUCAUGAACUUCAGCGUCGGGGACUUGAAUUCAGUGCAGACGUCCAUCCCGCAGGGGAACGCGGGGAUCUCCACGUUGCACGGAAUCCGAGCCUGGUAGAGCCCCCCCCGCACCCAGCCUGCCCCGCUCCGUGGGCCACGGCCGCCGACGGGACCGCACCGCCGGGGAUGGAAGGGCUUCGGCCGCGCCUGCGAGCCGGUCUCGGGACAUUGCCAGGCUGCGGGGGAUGCGGACAGUUCUGUGUAGCACCCCGGUGGAGUUCAUUACUACGGCGGCCAUUUCCAGCGGGGAGGUUUUCAGCGUUUCGUGCGGUGGCCGCGCUCCGUGCGGGGCCAGGCGGGCAGGAGGGCUCGGUGCUGCCUGCACCGCCCGACUGGUGCGCCUGGCCCCGGCCCUUCUCGCUCUCCCUUCCACCGGGGUCUUCGCCCCAAUAAUUCCCUCCUUAUUUCCUACAAAGCAGACGGUCAGUUUGCUUGCCUUGUUCCAAACAACAGCGAGCCAAGCCCUACAAAUUCCCCCCUCCCCCUUUGAUUUUUACUCUAUACUAAUUAUUAUUGAGAUCCACGUUUAAUUUUUGCACUUCCCGUACGGUCCCCGCUGUCCGGCCGGUUCAGCAUCUCGCCAGCCCCCAGGUCUCCUCUUGCAGAGCUGCUAACGCCGGUCUCGGUUGCGCCCGCAGGUGCCCGGGGCCGGACCGGGGCCGGACCGGGGCCGGCGGCUCUCUCCAGCGCACGGACGAGGACAAACUCCCCCAACCCGGCCGAGGAUUACAGACACUCCGACCUGCCAGAUCCCCAUAGGGUUAUGCACUAAAACGUGAGUUAGGAUUGAAAUGCACUGUCCGCCCCUCGCCCCCGCCGUCCGUUCGUACGUGUUUCCCUUUGCUGUACAAGCUGAUGGAGAUCAGCGAGUUGUCAUUAAAGAGAGUGGCUUAACUUUGCGCGUCCCUGACCUUCCUUGUGCGGUCCGGGCCCUCCAACAGCCCCGGCGGGCGGUGGGGAGC